AUGCCACGAACAGUCUUCUCCAUCAACACAACUGUAAGACUGAGUGCGCAGAUGCUGAAUGCCAUUGAGUACGUGCAUGAGGCCGGCUUCCUGCACAGGGACAUUAAGCCCUCCAACUUUGCCAUGGGCCUAAUCGCCUGUGUAAUCGUCGUCGUCUCUGCUGUCAUCAGUGGCAGUCCGCAUGUCGUUCGCUUCGUCAGCCGUAAGACUCACAAGCUUCCGGGCUCUGCACACUUUGGCUUUCGUGCCGCUGACUCAGUCCAAUCGGGGUCAAUGGACUAA